GAUUCUAUCUCUGCAAGUCAUCCACUAUCAUUCAAAAUUGAGAAGGCCAGUGAAGUUUAUGAGGCGUUUGAUUCAAUCUCGUAUGAUAAAGGAGCAUCUAUUCUAAAAAUGAUGGCACUUAUCAUUGGUGAAAACAAGACUUUUGAAGCUGUUGCUCAUUACAUCAAAAAAUUCGCAUACAGCAACGCUGAAGCGGCUGACCUUUGGGAAGCUUUAGAUGAAGUAGUUGGAGGAAUAAAAGGUCCAGACGGAAACAUGAAAGUUUCCGACUACGCUGAUCAGUGGACCUCACAGAUGUCAUUUCCCAUGGUGACGGUGGAUAGGGUUGAUGCUACGCAAGUAAGACUUACGCAAAAACGAUAUCUAAAAACUCCCAAAGCAAAAGACCCAAAAGAAUACCGAAAUCCGAAAUAUGGAUUCAAAUGGGACCUUCCUAUCUGGUACCAAAUAGGCAAUGGAGAGGAGAAGUUUGCAUGGUUGAAGAGAGGGCAAAUACAUCGUCUAUUUGCUGUAUUUAUCUCAUCAUGCCUGGUAAUCUACCCUCGUGAUAGUCUACCGGCUCAUCGUGGCCUCGGGGGUACUUCUGAGUGUCGAACUGCGAAGUACAGCGAAGGUUUAUUUUCCAACGGGGUCUCCCAAGCUAAGAAGGAGUUCGACGUUUUCGGCUUUUCGGAUGCCCAGCUAAGAGUAGGCCAUCCCAGACUCGCCACUGCCUGGCUGACUCAGCCCUAG